AUGGGAGCUGGGCAAGUAUCCACCAAGAAACUCACCCCCAGCACAUCCUACAAGGGCUCCACUGUGAAUAGCAACCACCAGCCGGCUGGGAAAUGGGAGGUGCCAGGCAAUCACGGGCUAGUGAAUCGUGUGAAAGAUAUGUUCACCAGGAAUGGGGAUGAUGAGUCCUCUGCCGACACCCGUGGAAAUGAGUGGCUUCUGGCAACUGACAGUGAGACCAAUGAUACUAAUAAACGUUCCGAGUCGACUGAUUCAAGUGCUGCUUUUGGUGAACAAAAGUGCAACAAUAUUACUGAGGUAAGAUUAACAACUAGCUUCUGCAUUAAAGGCAUCUACUUGGUGGAUCAUACAGCUCCAGGAUGGCCUCAACUGGAGUUGGCAUCAUUCAUGGCCUACAUUGAUCCUAACAUGAUGAAACGUCUGCGUGUCAACGCCAAAGAUGUAGGAAAUUUGGACAGUUCUGCAUCGAGGGGUGCACUUCAUAGUAUCAAUUGGUGGUGGUGUCCCAUCCUUUUGAGGAAUUUGGGUGGUUGCUGCUGCAAUGGAGCAGGUGAGGUGUUCACUGGCAGUCGGUUGGAUAAGACGGCCUUUCGCAGAGCCCUCAUGGUUUCGAUUGAAGCCUUCGAGCGAAAAAUGAUGGGUCAGACCAUUUCACAGGGCAAAACGGAGGUCGCUCCGAGUCUCGUAUCGUGCAAGACACUGGACGGCCGGAGACCGAAGCAAAUAAAGUCGAAGCACAGCAUCAACGCAUUCGGGGUGGUGGUGAUGCGAAAGACGAACCAACUGCAAACCCCCGAAGACUCGAGUAGACUGGCGCGCGAAUUCACUGAGCGCCUGCAUCGCAGCUCGAUCCGUGCCUCGUUGCCCGCCUGGCUUGAAGUUGCGGGACCGCCAUUGUUGAAUUGCAUUUUCUAUGGUGAAAUGUCACAUACGGGUGGUGAUAUAGGGAAUAACGCUCCCCCAGUUCAAGCUUGGAAUAGAACACCAGGUAAACCGAGUCUUCCUAAUUUGUCCGGAAAUUUGCCGAAUGCCUCUUCUUGGGGUGGUAAGAAGAAGGUGAACCCAACCGCCACCUGCUCAGAUGCCUCUGCAAGUGGAGAUGUCUGGCCUUUGUUAACAGAUCCGCCACUGUCACGCAAAAAUGAACCCUCGCAAUGGCCAACACCUGCUGAGUUAGCUGGGACGUCAAGGAACGAUACCAUUAAUGACUUCUCAAUUCCCAACGCCUGGAGCUCGCCUGGGACGUCUCUAGCGCUUCGUACUCUAGGCGACGCCGAAGAUCGAAACGACUCUUGGCCCCCAUUGGAUACUGCCAAAGCUUCUAAUCCCAUUGACCCGGUAUCCAUGGCCCGUGCUAUCACAGGCAGUGGAAAUCUCGUAUCAGGUGACAGUGCAUUUAAUUCGCGCCAACAAAUUCACAGUGUGGCUGGCGGGAAACCACGGAACGAAGGUUUCUCUAGUUGGGGUCCUUCUAUCGAUGGUGACUUUAGUGCAUUUGCGAAUCAUCAACUACCACCUACCUCCGACAAGACCGCUACAAACUGUCAACAACCCGGUGAUGCUCUCUGCCCAAGUGCCAGUGAUUCUGGUAACCAUAUUGAUGGACAGAGCGAGGCAGCGAUGAUUAUCAACACUUUAAUCAACUCGAAGGAGUGCUGGGGUCAGCAUCCUGUUGACCAAGCCACACCCUGGGAUAUGGCGCUUCUCAAUGAGGAGCUGGCAUCGAAUUCCACGGCAGCAAAUUCCGGCAAUCACAAUUCCACUGGCCUCUUAGGGGAUGCUAUCUCCCUCGCCAUAAAACACCGUCGCCCAGUUCGAGGCAGUUCCGGGAUCACUAACGCAGGCGUUCCUGUGGAGUCGAACGUGUGGUCUAGUGAACCGCCUACGGGCACCAGCAUUUGGGAGAUGCAUUAUGAGAGUCUGGGCGAUAGGUCGGGGCGUUGGAAGCAGUCCUCUUCUUCGUCUUCUACUGCAACAGCAGGGGUAGUUGGUGGCGGUGGCAGUGGUUCGAGACUGGACGUCGUUGCUUCACCACCUGGAAGUCAUAGAAUAGUGUCCUCGUUCAUGAGUCCAUCCCCCGUUCAACAGCAGCAACAGGGACGUGGUGGUUGUUUCCAAAACAAUUUUUUUCCCUCACAACCGCAGCAGAGAUUCGGUCAGGCAGCUCUACAACCACCAGGAUCGGGAAGAGGAGUUUUUGGUCCAAACAGCUUGUUGAGUGUCGGCACCACUGCUGGCGGUGGCUUCAAAUCUCAGGCAUCUGCAGUUGCUCAGGCUUCGGCCGGAUGGUCGCUUCCACUCACACCUGAUAGCCCGUUGGAAGAUAGCAAACGAUUCCUGGCGUCUUCAGGGCCAUGGAGUUCUGAGGGUCGUGGGUUGGGGAAGCAGCAACACCAGCAGUUGUCCUUGGGUGAUACAACGCGUUGGCCCUCGCCCCUCGCUCAACCCUCCUCCGCAUCAAUCGAUAGCAUCCCGUCAUCUUCCGCCCUCGCAGCGCCACUCCCCUGGCAAGGUGGCAUGGAUCCGCGCAAGUUUGUGCCCUGGUCCCAGCAGACAGCAGUAGUACCACAGCCUCCCUCUGCAGCAGCACCACAGCGCUUUCAUCUUCGUCAAAAUACCUCUGUCCUGCCUGCCGUCGUCCCUAGUGGCGCUUCGGUGUCGGCAUCAUCACCCUCGGCGCAGCCCCUGCGACUCCUCGCCCCUAACGCCGGCCACCAACACCACACUCACCCCCAUCACGCGCCAUCUACUACUACGGCCCUCCUCCGCACUGAUAUUGCCAGGCAACUCAUGUUGCUUGGUUUCCAUGACGACGCUGGCGCUCUCCUCUCUGACAAUGGCAUUGAAGAUUUGGAGAAGUUUCUCUAUGAUCUCCGCGAGCGAACGGGUGGAAUGCACCCGGGCCUCAACCAGCUGAUCAACUCGGUCUCCACCGUUCUCAUGCCAGCCGGCGGUGGCGGUUCGGUAGAUUUGCAGCAGCCCCAGCAAUUGGGACCACCGCCACAGGCCUUUGAUCUUUUCGAUAAUCGUGGCAGUGGUGCCGCCUCUCACUUGGGGAAGCAACACUUUGCAGGUCGGCAGAACUCUGCAUCACCCUCAGACGCACUGGGCCAACUGCUUAUGCGUGCAACCCAUCUUCAGACGACAAUCAUCCAGUUGGACAAGAAAAAGAGAGAGCUGAACAUGAAGCACUCACAACUACGCAAGAUGAACAUGGGUGGUCCUACAGCUCACCACUCCAACUCUCUGCUGCAGGAAAUUGUGUUGCAGCAGGCACAGAUCUCACAGCAAAUCGAGGCACAGGAAGCACAGCUUGGCCAAGCGCGUCUUCAAAUCGCCUUCCUCACUCGCAUCACAACUGGUGGCGGUGGCGGCAUUGGCAACGAAGAUUCCACUGCUGCUGCCGCGGCCACAGCUGCCAUGCUUAUGCGUCUUCGUUCUGGUGGUGGUAGCGGCGGUGUUGGUCCUCCACCCACUCGAAUGAUGAACCAUCCGAUGGGAGGAUUCGGAGGCGGUGGGCCUCGUGGAAGUGGGAUGCUUCUCAGUUCACCACCCCCCUCCAGUGAUUUGGCCCCCAGAUUGGCCGAUUUGAAGCUCUCGAUGGACGUGGGCCGUCGAAUGCCUUGGGAUGGAGGAGGUGGCGGUGCUUGGGACGUCUCUUCACCUCAUCAAUUCAGUCACGUCUCGUCCUCGAACACCUUCCUUAAUAGCGAUCCCACCUCCAACGUCUUUCCUCUCACCUCUUCCACCAUUGGAGACCGUCGAUGGGCGACCUCCAACUCAUCCUCUGACUUCCACCAACCUCCUGCCCCCUCUCCCUCCACCACCACUGCCGUUGCGGCAGCAACCAACGCCAUCUGGAACGCCUCCUGGCUCCUGCUUUCCGAUCUGACGCCUCAGUUCUCCCUCGAAGUUCUUCGAAUUUCUAUUACAACCGCACUGGAUCAGCAGCAACAACAGCAGAACGUAGUCAUUGGUGAUGGCGGUGGUGGCGCUUCGAAUACCGGCGUUGCCUCUUCCGCCUCUACCUCAACCUACGAAGUUCAUCCCAAUCUGCCGGCUCGCUACGUUCUGGUGGGUUUCCUGAACCCUCCUGAUGCCUCCGUCGUCUCCACAUUUAUCUCCUCUACUACCAAUUCAACAAUCAAACUCGCCAACAGUGUUACCAUCAUCAGUCCCGCGGAGGCUAUGGCAAAGUUGCAGGAGAUCAAGACUCUGGAUGAUGAACUUCAACAGCAGCAGCAACAGCAAACCCCAUCUCAACAACAAACACCACAACAGCAGGGAAAUCAAUUAACCUGGCCCCCGACCAAUGCCCUCGCUGGCGAGUACAAAUCGAGAGAGCUUAGGAGACCAGCAGCGUGGGAAGCUUUAGCGCGGUUUUGUCAGGAGUGUGGGUUUGAAAGUGGUGGGAGCUGGAACGUCCCAUAUGGUGGUAUGCGCGGUCGGGGUGUGCCUUGGCUCUGUGUCACGUGUACUGUGUGGUGUCCUUUGGUUCAGGUAAUCACCACCGCUAGAUGGGUAUGCCGCGUCAUGUUUGCCGUUUGGGUCCGUACAUCAGGUGGAGGUGGAAUUGACGAACCUGCGAAGAGCCCUGAUUUGCGGGGUCACGUCCUGCACUUGUCGAGCCUCUCUAAUUCGUUGUCUUCCUAUCUGGUGACCCGUUAUUGUCUUCAGACCAUGAACAGAGAAAUGGCUACCGACGUACUUGAUAUCCUAGACAUCGAAGAAUCUGGUACACGGAAGUCUUUAUUGGAUACAAAGUCAUUGCUCACCAGAACAGAUAAGAAGAAAAAUGUCGUCAGGCCAACACACAUCAAGCGUCCGGAACAUAUUCCAAGGGAGGUCUGGGGUCUGCAGAAUACCUUUAAGAAUGAGCUUCCUCCUCUACUGCCAACCAAUGAAUCACCCGUUUAUAAACAACCAAAGGCCGUUUUUGGUCCCGGCCGUGUCCGUCGCUGGAAAUGGGUGCCUUUUAAAAACUCCGCACGUGGCGAUAACCUGGUUCUCUAUCACUGGCGUCGUGAAGACGCCGAUGCUAAUGAGGAGUACCACUUUGCCCGUCUCAACAAGCACAUGGAAGUGCCAACGUACACCGACGCCGAUUAUCGGGCUUAUCUGCAGGACUCGAGAUGGACCCUGGAACGCACCAACCACCUAAUGGGGUUGGCACGUCAAUUCGACGUUCGGUUCAUCCAUAUGCACGACCGAUGGGAUGUGGAGAAGUUUCCACCUAGGCCCUCCUUGGAGGAACUAAAGGCUCGGUACUAUAGCAUUCUCGGGAUUCUUGACAAGAUCCGCGGCACAAAUCUGAGUCAAGGCCUCCGAUACGACAUUGAGCAUGAGAAACGCCGGAAGCAGCAGUUGAACCUCCUCUACGGUCGCAGCAAGGACGAGGUGGAGGAGGAGGAACGUCUCAUAGGCGAACUUGAACGCAUUGAGGCGCGUCGAAGAGAGCGUGAGAGGAAGAAACAGGACCUUCAGAAACUCAUCUCUCAGGCCGAAUCCGCCACCCGUGACUUCAACGACAAUACACACGACGAUUCAACGGGCUCACGCCGGACGAACCCACUGGCUGGUGGUGGGAUUUUUGGGAGCUCAGCACAAUUGGAGCGUCGAAAAUCGACCAUGGGAUCACAGGGGGUUGCAGGCUUAGUAGAGGGUCUUGGAGGUCGCGCUGGUGGCUCUCUCAGUACCGCUCUUGCUGCUACCUCGUCAGCUAUGUCUGCCACUUUGAUGAAGUUGCCUGCGUCGUUGGGCCAGAAGAGGAUUCGUGUGAUCGAGAACUUCCUCUCCCAUUACCAAAUGGAUCCUAGCCCUCCGGCGACUAAAGAAAUCGUGGAAGCGUACAAUCGGCUGCGCAGUAACAUCCUAUUACUCUACGAUCUACGAGGCGCUCUGCUGCAAUGCGACUACGAACUCCACGCCGCCAGGGCUCGUAUGGAACUGUUUGCCGCUGAGAGGAUUCCAGCAAGUCUUGCCAAUCUGACAACGAAUUCUGGCAAAUCAGGUACCUCCGGUCCCACUCCACCUCCCGGUGUUGAUGCAAGCGUGUUGGCUGCGCUGAAGGCAGCAGAUUCGAAGCGUCCCGCCCCACCACGUCAUUCCUUUGGCCAUGCAGGUUCUCUGGCUGCAGCGGCGGGUAGUGCGGGGGGCCUGACCACUGUCCCACCCCCCAUUCCCUCGCCCAUGCCCUCCCCCCACACCACUUCUUCUCCCUCUCCUUUGGGUGAUGCUUCACCUGCCUACGCAUUUGGUGGCAGUCAGCAGCAGACAUCGUCGCUGGCCUCGCAACGAAGAAAACGCGCCGCUGCCACGGAACAGGGUCGGGUAAUGAAGAAACUGAAGACCAAGGGCCAUCUGUUGGAGUGA